AUGUUGCCUCUUUUCCUUUUACUCGUUCUCUCAACUCUCUCUGUAGCGGAUGUUGUUGCCCUGCCCUCCAAUCUCACUCACUACCCUUCUUUGCACAUUCUCGGGUCUCCACUCAAUGGUACCGGGGUCCUUCCAUUGACCACCGGGCUGAGAUCCAGCAAUCCUCACUUGAAUAUAUCGGGCACUGCCACUGAAGUCACUUCGGGCAAUUCUCUGGAUUUAAAGAGUACGGAAAUCGCUCUCAUCUCCUGCGACUCUGAUUUCUACACCGGAAAUCUCGGCGUUGACGACACCAUUGAAUACGUCACCUCUGCUCAAUCUGCCGCAGCGAUCAUCUUGUAUAGCAGAUCGGCUCGUUCUUGUAACUUGACCGUUGAUGAUACUGUGAAGCGAUAUCAAAACAUAUUCUCCGUGUACAGCCGGAGCAUUGAUCCCCUCUUGCAAAGCACCUUUAACGAAUCUCAUCCAUCCAUAAGCAUCGUUCCCAUGUCUUCCUUCAGUGUACCGACCGACUCCGGGGGUGGAGGGGACUCUGGCGGCUCUGGCGACAGCCCCAACACCGCCAUGAUCAUCUUGUACAGUAUCACAGGCAUCAUCACAGCCCUUUUUUUGGGUAUUAUCAUCACAGGUGCUGUGCGGGCUCAUCGCCAUCCGGAGCGCUACGGACCUCGCCGAAUUGCCGGGCGAGUCCGGCAGAGUCGAGCGAGAGGGAUAGCCCGAGCCAUGUUAGACACCAUCCCGGUUGUCAAGUACGACGACAAGCCGGACGACGUGGAAGCCGCCAAACGCGAUAUUGAAUUGACUUCAGACGAUUCCACCCAGCCCUCUCCCAGAGGCAAUGGCAUUACAGAACCCACCACCCCUGUGUCUGAGCUGCCAACCCCGGAUGGACCGGAGAGACCCACUCCCACCCCGGAAGCCAAGACUGAGACAGUGCCCGACGCGGGCAAUCUCUCGUGUCCCAUUUGCACGGACGAUUUCGUCAAGGGCCAGGACCUACGUGUCUUGCCUUGCAAUCACCAGUUCCACAUGGAAUGCAUUGACCCGUGGCUGAUGAAUGUUUCAGGCACCUGUCCCCUCUGCCGAAUCGACCUGAACCCACCCCAAGCAGAGACAGAACAAACAGAAGGAGCUGCCGGAGCUGCCGACACUGAAACCACAGAGCCCGCAGCUGCGCCCACCCCGGAAACUGAAACCACCCAGACGCGACACUCCCGCCGGCUGACCGACUAUCUCCACGGCCCUCUCAACGCCCGUCGCAUGCGUGACGCAACAGUGGAGGAGCGCCUCGCCGCCCUGCGUCGUGUUCGCGAAGCCAACCAAUCUGCAGGUGAAGAGGGCCGACGGACCCGUCUGACAACCCGACUGCGUGAGCGCUUCCGUAUCCGAACACGCGCCCACGGCGAAGCUGAGGCCGAGGCCGAGGCGCCCGCUGCUCCCGCGCCCGUUCACAUGCCUCCCUCGAAUGCAUGA